CCUACCUGGAAAGAGUGUCCAUCCAGGAUUCGAUAACUGGUCUUGUGGUGGAGACUCCCACAGUACGCUUGUCCAACUGCCAUAUCAACAACACAGAGAAAGUAGGCCUCACUGUCCAGACUGACACCAUUGACCUUGACCUGAACGGAACAGUUGUAGAACAUGGGCAGUCAACAGGUAUAUUGGCUAAAGUAACUAAAGCUUUCCGUCUCAGGAAUGGCACAACACAACACAAUCACGGAAGUGGAAUUGUCUUAUUUGGGACAUCGGCUCCUACAACGGUUGAAACAAUGAACAUCGUUAAUAACAGUCUUCAUGGUUUGGAAACACAGGUGACUAAACAUAUCAACAAAGGAGUGUUACACAUAAAGAGCAACAGAUUUGUGGAUCAUGGCUUGGGAGGCUCGGGCCUUCAACUGCAUUACACAUCAGUGUCGAAUACCAAGGUGUACGUGGAACAGAAUUCAUUUAGUAAUAAUGUUAAGUCCAUGGAUGCCAGAGUGGGGAGUACGUAUUAUCGUUACAGUGAAAACAGUUGCGUCAUCAAGGGGAACAUAUUCAAAUCAACUGGUCAAGUAUCAGCGUAUUCAGGAAACCUAGCAUCUCUUUACAUUGAAGACAACUCUUUCAAGAGUUCAUUUGGUGGGGACAAAUGUUUCCUGAAUGUGGAGGUGGAUGAUACAAGAGGUGGUGACAAAGUUCAAAAUAUCAGUCUGUCAACCAAUAGUUUCCAAAAUAUCACAGGUCGAUGUGUUGUUUAUGUAAAAUCAACAAAAUUUGAAUUUAAUGGGACGCUCACUUAUAACCAGAUAUUCAGUUCCCCCACCGAUGAAGGGACAGUCUUGUUAGACUCGAAAAACGUUAGUCUCUAUUAUAACACGUUUGAUAACCCGAGAGCUGAUUACGAACUAAAGAUCCUGUUAACUGGAGAGGAGCAGAUUAAUGCUGAACACAACUGGUGGGGAAGUGCUGAUCCAGCCAUUGCCGGACAACGGAUUCUACACAAGGAUCUUGACCAGAGGCUCCUCAAGGUGGACUACCUUCCACUUCUCACUGAUCAGAAUUUCGACUGUUCAGAGGUGCAGAACUGCAGUGAUAAGGGUGAAUGUGUUCGGCCAAAUGGGUGCAGAUGUGACGAAGGUUGGGCUGGAGUGGAUUGUUCUGACUUCGACUGUUCUGGUGUUAGCAGUUGUAAUGGAAAUGGUUUGUGUAAGGGGCCAAACCAAUGCGAUUGUUCUCUGGGAUGGGAGGGCCAUCCUGUGUCAUUGCCACAUGCCAUGAAGUAAAUGACUGUGGUGGAAAUGAAAGAGGAUAUUGUGUGUUGCCUGAGAGUUGUACAUGUUUUCCCCAGUAUAGCGGAACUGACUGCUCCAAGUGUGCACCCUUACGAUGGGGAGACCGUUGCCUUCCUUGUCCUCAGUGCAACCAUGGAUACUGCAACCUCACAAAUGGCAACUGUGAUUGCGUUGCUGACAACUGGUCAGGCGAUUUGUGCGACACGUGCAGUGAGACGUUUUAUGGCCCCAACUGUCUUCCAUACACAAAUGUCCUGAACAUCAUCCCAAGCUCUGGCCCUGACACUGGAGGAACAGACGUGCACAUCUGGGGACACAACUUCCCAGAGACAGACAACAAUAUCUUCUACUGUAGAUUCGACUCCACAGUGGUCAAUGGCACGCGCAUGUCGAAGGAACACGUCAUGUGUAGGAAUGCUCAGCAUCAAGCAGGCAGUAUAACUGUGGAGAUUUCUCCUGAUGGGCUACAGUUUACUCGAAAUCAGACAUCAUUUACGUACUAUGAAGUUUGUCCACCCGGAGCCUGUGGGAAGACGGAAAGCCCUCCUCAUGGCCACUGCCUCUAUGGAGGAUGCAUAUGUAUCCUGCCCUGGUCAGGUCAGGACUGCAGCGUCGAGCUGAAGGCACCAGUUAUCUCCUUCUUUGAAAAGAUGCAGGUUGCUGCUGAAGGAAAUAAAUAUCAACUUCAAUUAACACUCAUUCAGGGCAAUGCUCCAAUUGAUUGGUACAUAUAUGGAGCCCCUUCUGGAAUGACAAUUGACCAAAAGACCGGGCUCAUCUUCUGGGAGAGGACAGUAGCCAGUGUCCAGACGUAUAUCAUCAACGUCAGAGCAUCCAACCGUAUAGGACGUUCUGAGGUCCAGUGGUCACUGAAAGUCCAGCUGUCAUAUAACAUCACAAUAGAGGAUGUGACACCCAGCGGGGUUCUUCAUGUUCCGAAAACCAUCCAAAUCAGAGGAAUGGUCACUUAUUUUAGUGGAACCUCUCAAUCUUUGAUUGCUUUUGUGGAUGUUAAGGUACGAAAUAAAGGCAGAAUCACAACGAUGUCCAUUGUGACAUCCCCGAGGAACAGGGAACGUUUUGAAGCAGUGUACUUCCCUAAAGCUGGUGACAGUGGACUGUUUGAAGUGGAUGGCCGCCAUCCAUCCGAUAAUGGGUUCACUCCUCAGAAAUCCUGGAGUGUGUUGGGGAUGAUGUGUGUGCCAGGAUAUGUGAAUAGACAAGCCUACUUGGACACGGACGUGGUGGAGAUGCGGGGUGUUUCUGUACUCAAGAAUGAUGGCGUCAAUAGGAUCAGUAAUAUCACAGCCAGAGUAGAAGGCAUUGGUGGUCCAUUAUCAUCUGUAGUUGUGAGAGCUGGAAACAGACUUUCAAGCGAUGGUUCUCAACCACUUAUAGUAUUCUUGGAUACAGAUUCUGAAGUGUCCAUAGAUGUGAUCCUCACAGUAUCUCAUCCCCUCCGUGGUGUUAUUGCUGUUGUGUUCAGUACACCCGAUGGCACCACAGCCAGAGUUAGGAUAGGAUUGCAGCUGAAUGUCCGAAAACCUGCUCUGGUCCUCUCGCCAUCAUCUCUGUCAGAUAGUGUUCCCAGAGGAACACAGAAGACGUUCCAGAUUAAUAUCAAGAACGAAGGCGAGGUCACCGCUAAAUCAAGAGUAACACUACCUUCAGAACCAAGACUUACGAUGUCUGCAUACUCUACAACAACUACAACAGCUUCAGAAGAUGGCCUUGACCUACACCCAAAUGAGACGGCCAUCUUGGUCCUGACAGUCACGACUGGCGCAACUGACAGUCUAGGCCAGUUUAGUGGCAGCGUAGCCCUGAACUCGGAUCUGUCUUCUGCUAAAGAAGAUACACGGAACAGAAAAAUAACCAAUAAUCAAACAGAGUUUGUGGUGUUUGAGGAUGUGCAUGAAGAUCGAUACACGCUGACUGCCACCGCUCCUGGACAUGGGUCCUACUCGGCUGUGAUCAUUGCCAAACCCUCAGACCCCUCCAUCACCGUCUUCCUGCAGAGAGUUGCUGUAAAGUACACGUGGACUGUCACCCCCACAACCUUUCAGGACAAAUACAUAGUCACUCUGGAUUCUACCUUUGAAACACAGGUACCUAUGCCUGUUGUCACCGUGGAACCAGCCAGCCUGAAUCUGAUUCCUUAUGAGGAAGGGAAGAAGGACGUGAUCAAUUUCAACAUCACCAAUCACGGCCUGAUCAGGGCAGACAAUGUCAGGUUUGCUCUGCCAAGUCAUCCGACAUUGAUCUUUACACAGACAAUAGAUCCGAUAGGAGACGUAGCGGCAAACACAAGCAUCAUUGUUCCAGUCUUGGUUAAACUGAAGCCUCGAGUGAAGAGGAACCUAGGCACAUCGGCAUGUGGUUUGAAAAUGCUUUACGAUUACUUUUGUGGUGGUACAAGAACUGGAGGCCAGGACAUCACUCUGACAAGGGUGUAUCCAGGACGCCCUCCCUUGCCCUGUGGAGGUGGAGGUAGUCGAAGAAGGGGAGGAGGAGGAGGAGGAGGAGGAGGUUAUGUUGGAAUAUCAGGUACUGGUGGUGGUGGGUCAUCUCCAUCUAGUUCAGUUGUUGUCUACAAUCCCGUGACUCCACUCACCUGUAACUGUGCUGGGACGCUCAUCAAGACGUGUGCUUUGGGUUUUCAUCCAAUUGCUGGAUGCGCCGUAGCAGUGACAGGUUUUGCUGGUGCCAGUGGCUUCUGGGGAUUUGCUAAAGCAAUCUUUGACUUUGCUACUGCAUGCGUCCUCCCUGUCGUGUGUCCUCAGUGUGCUCUAGGUCUUACUUUGUGGCAAGCUGUUGUGUGCAUAUAUGAAAUGAACAGAGACUGUAGCUCAAACCGACGUCGACGUGCUACAAAUGGGGAGAUCAUCCAAGGAGUGGUGAACAGUAACGUUGCCCUCAGGAACUACAUGAUAAUGUUGGAGGAAGUCUUUGGAGGACAAGAAAUGUUCGGUGUGUAUGAUAACAGUUGGAUGUCUUCCUUCAACCUAGCCCUGGCUGAUGAUAGUGCAGGGGGAAGCUCUCUCUCCUCUAGUGAGAUAGCAUCCAUUGUUGCUUCAAUGAACUCCACGCAGGGGGUGAUCGUAGAGAAGUUCCUGCUCAGGUGGAACAAAACAAUGACAGCUUGGGAGGACGGAACACUCACUUCCCUUGGCCCUAAAGACAAUGUCAUUGCAUAUAAUGUCAUCAUGUCGAGAUUUCCGCAAUUUAAGACAGACACGGAAAAUGCCAAACAAAGAGGAUUUGACUCCAUAUAUUUGAUGACUUUGGAAAUGCAGUCAAUGCCUAUCAAGAAAAAGAAAAGAAGGGUGGGAGCGAUGAUGGAGUGUGUGCCAAGGUUCGAGUACGUAUUGUGCAAGAACUGGUCCUCACCCGAGAUGCCUUCACUGCUCGUUUAGAGAUAGAAAAUGGAGAACAAUCAGCCCUGGAUAGCAUUCGGGUCACCGUAAACAUAAGGGCAACAUAUGGCGCUGGAACAUCAGCUAAUGACAAAUUUUCAGUUGGAACCCCAACUUUGGUGGGUCUUACUGGAGUUGAUGGUACAGGCAGGCUGGAGACAGACGUGUCAGGUACAGCAGAAUGGCUGAUCAUCCCCUACUCCACAGCAGCAGUCAAGGAAGACACCCUCUAUGAUGUCGGCGGGACUCUUUCCUACACAGUUGAUGGCUCCAACUUCUCCAUCCCUCUCCUGCCAGACACUAUCACAGUUAAACCAAAUCCCAGCCUCACCGUCAACUACUUCCAGGAGAAAUACGUCCAGGGUGAUGACCCGAUGACUUCAAACGUGACGGAGCCAGUUGUUCCCUUCACACUGGCAGUCAUGGUCACCAAUGAAGCCUACGGUGUAGCCCGCCAGCUGAAGAUAACCUCCGCACAGCCAGAGAUCAUUGAAAAUGAAAAGGGAUUGUUGGUCACUUUCAAGAUAAUUGGAGCGCAGCUGGAUGGAAAUCCUGUCAGCCCUUCUCUGUCUAUAGACUUUGGAGAUAUUGAAUCCUUCGAGACCAAGACUGCUCGCUGGUUUCUAACAUCAAGUCUAAUGGGGACAUUUUACAACUACACAGCUACGUUUGAGAACAUUAACCCCCUGGGUGAUCCUCAGUUAUCCAUAAUGGAAGACCUUGGAUAUCACGAGUUGGUCCAUCUGGUGAGACUCGAGUCUACAAAUGACACAAAAGAUGACUUUCUGGUUAAUGAUAUCAUAGAUGAGGAUGAAAUGCCUGAUGCAGUUUUUGACAGUUCAAAUGGACUUGAUUCGAUUCCAGUGAGUUCAUCUAAUGUUACGGCCUUCAGUUUACGAAGAACCGAGACUGUUAGAACCAGGACGUAUACUUACGUAGGCCUGACUGUUAUGAUGUCAAAGCGUCCCUCCACAAUCUAUGCCUACACUCGCCUGGUGAACAACGUGACAAGAGACAGUGUUGACUGAAACACUCCUGCAGGUUACCAGAGAUGAUGGGAAGGAUGUCAUGGUAGGACCUAAUGCCUGGCAGACAUCCCACUACCAUGAUAAGUUUUAUUUACAUAUAUUUGACCACUACAAGAACAUUACUGAAUCAACCAAUAUCUCUUAUUCACUGGUUUUUGGGCCAAAAAAUAUGUACAAGCCGAUAUUUACUGAGGGUAUUUACGAGAUAUUCGUUACAUUUGGUCAGCUACCCGGUCCCAUUCUUGCAGUUAAAGCAACGGAUAAAGAUGUCAACACGCAAGUGCGCUACAGUCUUGAUAGAUCAUCUGUGUUUGCUAUAGAUGAACUGUCUGGAGAAGUCCGAAGCAUUGAACCCCUCACAAAUAUGCUGUAUGAAUUGACUGUGACAGUAACUGAUGAUGGCAUCCCCUCCUUGAGUAGUUCAGCAAAGGUUGUGGUGAGGGUUGGAGACUUCAGCAGGUCGUCGUCCACCUCAACACCAACGACAGUUUCAACCUCUACUGACGAAUCUUCAGUAACAGGAAUUUCAGUCGGUAGAUCCACUUCCCAGGUUUCAGGAGGGACAUCUGCUGUGACUGUACCGGUUAACGUUUCAACCACCACGUCACCUACCACGUCAAUCGCCACGUCAAUCACCACGUCACCCACCAGCAUUACAGCUUCGUCCACGAACAACACAAAUGCUGUAGAUACAUCCUCUCCAACUAUGGACACGGUUUCAUCAUCCUCGUUCAGCAACAUAUCAACAGGCUCUGGUUUUAACAGCUCAGUUACUUCAGGCUCGAGUUCUGUUCCCACUCCCACUGGCACAACCGUGUCAACAUCCGGGGCAACAAACAACCUGUCCCGAGUUUGGACUUUGGUUGUAGCGGGAAUAAUGAUGUAUACAACAUACAUAUCAUUGUGAACAUUCGAUUUGUCCCUUUUGUAUUUCAUAUUCGGGGGGAGCAUGUGAACAUCCAUAUUAAAUCUGAGCAUCUUUUUUAUGUUUCUUCUAAAGACACUAGAUUUGUAUGAUGAACCUGUAAGACAAAGAUUGCUGCCCUAGCAUACUUGUGUUCAUAGAAUGUCGACACUACUAUUGUCUUAGGAUCAGGUUCCCUUGUAGUUGUAGCUGCAAAUGUUUCUUUGUAUACAAAGACUGUAUAAUAGUCACAUAAUGACAUGCACCACGAUCAAUAAUAAUCAGAUUAUAUAGAGAAUUAUAAAACAUCUCAAGAAACAGGCAUUUGAUAUAUAGAAGAGUUAUAUCACAUGGACUUUUAUUAUCCUGCUUUACUUUUUAUAUUGCAAGAUGUGCAUAACAAUUUCGAGCUUCUCAUAUUCAUAAUUAACCACAGCUGAGCGACGACUGUAGGUAAAUUAUCCUUAAAACAGCAGUACGUCAUCCUUCACUAAAUAACAGUUUGACUGACAGUUUGGACAGUUUGUGUUAUUACUCUCAUAUACAUUUUACAAGCCUUUACUGGACACGUUUACUACCCUGUACGGUGAAGUUCACUAAGCUUGAGACUAAGCUUUUUAUACGUAUAUAUAUAUAUUUUUAUAUUUUAAUAAGAAUGAUAAUGUAUAUAUUUAACAGGGUUCUACGUGAACUCAUUGUUGGUUUUGUCAGAACUAUAUCGCGGUCGGGGUACAUCAUGUUACAUUGUAUGAAUUCUUACUGUAAUAUUAUCGUUUUUAUGUAUUUUCUCAAAAUGCACAGAAGACAUAAUUUCAUUGUAUAAUAAUUAAUAUUAAAUGAAAACAAGCAUUGCUUUGACUCAUGAUGUAUAUGUGAAUAAAUGGCUUUUUUUAGAAAACUCAA